AUGUGGAGGCUCGACGCUAUUGGUAUUUCAGACCCUGGGGAACCGCCCAGAAAAGAGCCAACGGCGGUGGUGCAGUUCCGUGACGCUGUCUACAAGGACAAAGGGCGUUAUGUCGUGCCCAUCAUGCUAAAGUCUCAAGGCCACUUGCCAAGCACGAAUCGGACAGUUGCAGAAACGCGGCUUAUCCGUCAGCUACAACGCUUCCUGACUCAACCCGAAGUACUUCUGGGGUACGACAGGGUCAUCAGGGAGUACCCCAAAGAAGGCCAUGCAGAUGAAGUGCCAGCGAACAACGAUUCGAAAAUGGUAUACUGUCUUCCACAUCACGCAGUCGCACGUCGAGAAGCCGUCACCACGAGAGUUCGGGUCGUAUUCGACGCGUCUUCUCAUGAGCUGCGAAGUCCUUCGCUGAACGACGUGCUGGACGAAGAAGUGAAGCUCGGGGCAAAGUUGUUGCAGCUUCUGUUGCAGUUCAGAUGCGGCACAAUAGUCCUCACCGCCGACAUCUGCAUCAGGCCGGAAGAGCAGAAUCUUCUGCGCUUUCUCUGGUUUCAUCGCUUACCUGCAGCGACAGGACCUGGUUCUCCUUUUGUGUCCUCCGUCCGAGUGGACAGCGGAUCCGACGCCCGUUACAGCGACUGUACCCUUUGGAGGCAGACGCAACCAGCGCCGCGGGGGAGGAUGUUGAAGAUCGGUUGA